CUAUGCUUCUACACCCUAUUCUAUGCAUGCAUAUGCAUGAAAUUGUGAUAUGACACGCAAUAAUUAGUUUCAGGGAGAGGAGACAUGAGGCUCUCAUAGCAGACAUACUCAGACAAGAGAAGAAUAUGUGCUUGAAAAAUAUUAUAUAAAGGGUGGUAAGGUGCCGAAUUGUUUCUUUACCACAUUCAACUUUUAAUGCCCAAUAUUCAUUUAACCUUAAUAUACAUUCAUUUUUUAUUCCUUUUUGUUCCUGCCAAAUUCAAUUUAUAUUCAUCUCCUUUGAGCGAAACGAAAUGACAGAAUCCGAAGCACACAUUAACGACAUUGCCGAUAUAUUCAGUCGCCAGCCGCGCAUUGCGGCGGUGAGAACUUUCGAAAAUCUCGCUGUUAGAUACCUUUUGCAUCUCGAAACUGAGAUAUAUGAAAUUGAACGUCUUGUUUUGGAAAGAUCGCCACGCGGUGUUCAGUCUGCGACAACCUCUUCAGUCAAUGUCUCCCCCGUCAGCGACAGUAUUCCAGCAUAUGAAGAUGUACGUGAGAAGCUCAAAGAAUACCAAGAACUUCUCCUACGUGUUGUUGAAAUAUGCAGGCUUAAACACUUGGAUCAUAUUGAUGAAAAAAGUUUGACAAGCUCCUUAGAAUAUUUUCUAACAAAACCAUGCCGUCCUAUUCUAGAAAAAAGACUUGAUUCGUUGAAAGAGAACGCAGACUUUGUGCGUGUUUUGGCAAACCACGAGCCCACCCCAGAUUGGUUCACGCGACGGAUGAUACACCUACUCUUCUGGCUAGCCCGCAGCAAGGCAGUCAAUGGCUUCUUUGAGUCUCUCGCGAAAUGUCUUAGAGGAGCUCUGGAGAAGGUCUUGCCUAAGAGUUGCAACUCGCGGAUCUUUAACGAGGAAAGCCCCAAAAAACCGUCCGAGGAAGAAGAUUUUAGUACCUCAAACUAUGAUCGUCUUAUCAAAAUUGUCGCCGUAACAAACAUCCUCAUAGUAUCACUUCUGAAUGCGGCAGCAUUGUUUACUCUGAAUGAGAUUAAGAACAGCAAAGGCCGGAUAGGGGCAAUUCCAGCCUUUUCCUUGCUCUUUUCUCUGGCAGCUUUGGUGUUCGCGUCUACCGACACUGCAAUGAUUUACACCUCUACCGCUGCAUACUCGGCUGUGUUAGUCGUUUUCAUAAGUAUUAGCUAAUUAGCUUUGUUUCUGUGGCAUUCACAUUCCAUGUCCGUGACAUGCGCAAUGUAUAUGAAUAUUCCCUUUGUCUCUUUCAAACCCUGUAUUACAUGCAGUGCUCCCAACAUUCACAUGACUCGCACCUUUCAACUUUUCUUCUACACCGGUUGAUUGAAUA